UCUCGUCUGUACCGGAGAGCCAGGAAGAUGGUGGUGAUGGCGCGAGUUCCGCGUCCCGAGCGGCCGGACCUUGUUUUUGAGGAAGAGGACCUUCCCUAUGAGGAAGAAAUCAUGAGGAACCAGUUCUCCGUCAAAUGCUGGCUCCGCUACAUCGAGUUCAAGCAGGGGGCCCCCAAGCCCCGACUCAACCAGUUGUAUGAGCGGGCACUCAAACUGCUUCCCUGCAGCUACAAACUCUGGUACCGCUAUCUGAAGGCACGCCGGGCACAGGUGAAACAUCGCUGUGUGACUGACCCUGCCUAUGAAGAUGUCAACAACUGCCAUGAGAGGGCCUUUGUGUUCAUGCACAAGAUGCCACGCCUGUGGUUAGACUACUGCCAGUUUCUCAUGGACCAGGGAAGGGUAACACAUACCCGCCGCACCUUUGACCGUGCCCUCAGGGCACUGCCCAUCACACAACACUCUCGCAUCUGGCCCCUGUAUCUGCGUUUCCUGCGCUCCUACCCACUGCCUGAGACUGCUGUGCGAGGCUACCGUCGCUUCCUCAAGCUGAGUCCUGAGAGCGCUGAGGAAUACAUCGAGUAUCUCAAAUCCAGUGACCGGCUAGACGAGGCUGCACAGCGCCUGGCCACCGUGGUGAAUGAUGAGCGCUUUGUAUCCAAGGCUGGUAAAUCCAACUACCAGCUGUGGCACGAGCUGUGUGACCUUAUCUCCCAGAAUCCAGACAAGGUACAGUCUCUCAAUGUGGAUGCCAUAAUCCGUGGUGGGCUCACCCGUUUCACUGACCAGCUGGGCAAGCUGUGGUGCUCUCUGGCAGACUACUAUAUCCGCAGUGGCCACUUCGAAAAGGCUCGGGAUGUGUAUGAGGAGGCCAUUCGCACGGUGAUGACCGUGCAGGACUUCACCCAGGUGUUCGACAGCUACGCCCAGUUUGAGGAGAGCAUGAUUGCAGCGAAGAUGGAGACUGCCUCUGAACUGGGGCGUGAGGAGGAGGACGAUGUGGACCUAGAGCUGCGCCUGGCCCGCUUCGAACAGCUCAUCAGCCGACGGCCCCUGCUUCUCAAUAGCGUCCUUCUGCGCCAGAACCCACACCANGUCCACGAGUGGCACAAGCGUGUAGCCCUCCAUCAGGGCCGCCCUCGGGAGAUUAUCAACACAUACACAGAGGCUGUGCAAACAGUAGACCCCUUCAAAGCCACAGGCAAGCCCCACACACUGUGGGUUGCAUUCGCCAAGUUUUACGAAGACAAUGGACAGCUGGAUGAUGCUCGUGUCAUCCUAGAGAAGGCCACCAAGGUGAACUUCAAGCAGGUGGAUGACCUGGCAAGUGUGUGGUGCCAGUGUGGGGAGCUGGAGCUCAGGCACGAGAAUUACGACGAGGCCUUAAAGCUGCUUCGGAAAGCCACGGCUUUGCCUGCCCGCCGAGCUGAAUACUUUGAUGGUUCAGAACCUGUGCAGAACCGUGUAUAUAAGUCACUGAAGGUGUGGUCCAUGCUUGCNGACUUGGAGGAAAGCCUGGGCACUUUCCAGUCAACCAAGGCCGUGUAUGACCGAAUCCUGGACCUGCGCAUAGCCACACCACAGAUCGUUAUUAACUAUGCCAUGUUCCUGGAGGAGCACAAGUACUUUGAGGAGAGCUUCAAGGCUUAUGAGCGUGGCAUCUCACUGUUCAAGUGGCCCAAUGUUUCAGACAUCUGGAGCACCUACCUGACCAAAUUCAUCUCGCGCUAUGGGGGCCGAAAGCUGGAGCGUGCACGGGAUCUCUUUGAGCAGGCACUCGAUGGCUGCCCACCAAAAUAUGCCAAGACUUUAUACCUGCUCUACGCACAGCUGGAGGAGGAAUGGGGCCUUGCCCGCCAUGCCAUGGCUGUGUAUGACCGUGCGACCAGGGCAGUGGAGCCAGCACAGCAGUACGACAUGUUUAACAUCUACAUCAAGCGGGCUGCUGAGAUCUAUGGCGUCACCCACACUCGUGGCAUCUACCAGACAACUGGGGCAUUCUGGCAAACAUGGAAGGACUUUGAGGUCCGGCACGGCAAUGAGGAUACCAUCAGGGAGAUGCUGAGGAUACGGCGGAGUGUGCAGGCCACAUACAAUACUCAGGUCAACUUCAUGGCUUCACAGAUGCUCAAGGUGUCNGGCAGUGCCACAGGCACCGUGUCUGACCUGGCUCCUGGGCAGAGCGGCAUGGAUGACAUGAAGUUGCUGGAACAGAGAGCAGAACAGCUGGCAGCUGAGGCAGAGCGGGACCAGCCACCCAGGGCCCAGAGCAAGAUCUUCUUUGUGAGGAGUGAUGCAUCCAGGGAGGAAUUGGCAGAGCUGGCUCAGCAGGCCAACCCUGAGGAGAUCCAGCUGGGCGAGGAUGAGGACGAGGACGAGAUGGACCUGGAGCCCAAUGAAGUCCGACUGGAACAGCAGAGUGUACCAGCUGCUGUGUUCGGGAGCCUAAAGGAAGACUGACCCCCUCCACACUUUUUCCUCCAUGGUCCCUCCCCCAUAACUACCCUUCUAAUACAGCCCCUCUUUGUACAUCA